AUGCAACGCCGACUUCCCGAACAAGCGCCGACUUCCCGAACAACCGCCGACUUCCCGAACAACCGCUACUGGUUCAGCUUUCUCCAACCAACGAAAGAAAUCUCCAGCAGAUUAUACGCGCACAUCCAUGAGCCAUCGCCGUACACUGCUUUUGGGGCGCCGAAAGGGCCAGAGUACGCAGCAAAUCCUGACCGCGAACAGCUGAAAAUCAGCAGCGAUACAGUAGCUUCCCCAAUUUUGCAGACGACAUCCGGAUAUGUAAAGAAGUGGCCAAAACAGGACGCAGCUUUGCCGUCGUUCGUCGACUUCACACGUGUCGCCACAUCAAGAUCCCGGGCCCACUCGUUCGCAUGCUGUUACGCAGCAUUCAAUAAUAAUAAUCCAGUCCAUUUCAGUGGUUCGCAGCUGGACCUGCGCCCACGCUCUUGGCCGCCAAUGCUGUUGGUUUCGUCUUUUCAUUCUGCAAACGCCUUCGGCCUAUUGCUCCAAAGAAUGAUUCUCACAGCAGUCAUCAUCACGUUUUGCAGCUCCACUCCUACGGAUGGUGGGUCGUGGGUGUUGGAUUCCCGCCAGAAAUCUACGGCCUUGUUCCGCAAGACCAACCAGAUAGUCGCAGUUGGCCUACAUAUUGGCAUGCUCCCGAGAUCAAUGCACUGUCUUACCGUCGGCAUGGAGAUUGAGACUGAUGGAUACAUAUUUCGCGUAUCCCAUCUGCGCCGGUCGAACGGAAUUUUGAUCCAAAUUCCAGCCUCGAGCAUGGCAGUUCGACCAUCGGUAGCAUCGAUACGAUUUCCAACAACAGCAGUCCUUUCUUAUACACCGACGACAGCGACAUCUUCCUUGACCUGUUUCAUCCCAACCGUAAGCUCUUUCUUUGUCCAUCUACCAAAACCGAUUGUCGCAAGCGCUAACCUCCACUCGUUGUCACUAGACUUAUGGCCCACAUCCCUCCCCAAGCUCCCAGUCGUUCCCAGUCAACCCACAAUCCCAAGCCAAGCCGACGUCUCCUCACGCUUCCUUCGCAUCGCCGAACUCUACUCUUACUCCCCGGACACGCUCGUUACCGACAUCGAUAUGGACGACGCCGUCUCUUUCUUCGGCCCAGAUUGGAACGGCGAAGGCCUCCCGGAUCCACCUCCACCUGCCAAGCCACAUAGCAAGAAGACAGGACACCAAGUUUUCGUCGGAAAAGAUGACAAGUGGGCGAAGUGGAGCAAUGCGAGAUUUCAGGGAUCCUUGAAGAAUGCGAGUGAUAGCUUCGGCGGUGAAGGAGGAGGAGGCGUUCCUCCUGCUGCGGAUUCUACGGCUAUAAUGGCUACACCGACUCCGACGAGCAAGACGUGGAAAGUUGUGAAGAGACCGCGUGCGCGUAGGGGUGGGACGGAUGGCGGGCAGAGGAAGGGUUCUGCUGAUAGUAAGGUGGGAGUGAGGUCGCAAUCUGGGCGCAACUUAGCGUUUGCUGCAUUCAAUAGUCGUUCCAAUUACGUAUGGAUCUCACAUGCCAGACUAGGGUGGUACUGGGUUUCUCGGGUUACGUGA